CUGCUUCUUGACAAACGAGGAUGUCCAUACAUGCUGCAAUAGUCGUCGUAUUACUUUUUGUCAGAAGCGAGCCAUUAUCGUCGGCUUACAAGCUCACGAAGCAUGAUCCUGUCGUAAAGACUCAGUCGGGCCUGGUUCGCGGAUUCAAGGAAGAUGUAUUCGGGGUGUCCGUCGAAAUCUUCCUUGGAAUUCCGUACGCCGAGCCACCUGUCGGAAGCCUGCGCUUCAUGCGCCCAGUGCCCGUAAAACCGUGGCUUCGAGAGCAGAAGGCGAUGUUCCUCCCGCCCUCCUGCGUUCAGCCCUCGGUGUACUUCAACGAUUUCAUCAACAUAACAGGUGACGAGCGCAGCGAAGACUGCCUCUAUCUCAACAUAUGGGCGCCGGCGCGUGAGACUUUCGAGUCGGAAGAGCAACUCAAAGCCGUCAUGGUUUUCUUUCACGGAGGAGCGUUCUUCUUCGGCAGCACUAACUGGCACUUCUACGACGGCUCCAAACUCGCCGCCUUGGGGAAUGUGCUGGUCGUGACCGUAAACUACAGACUUGGGCCGUUCGGCUUCAUGAACGCGAAAGAACCACCCAUGUCUAUGGGGAACCAAGGGCUUCACGACCAGAACGUCGCAAUGCGCUGGGUCAAGCAGAACAUUCGUUACUUCGGUGGCAACGACGACCUCAUAACCUUGUUCGGGCAGAGCGCGGGCGCCAUAUCCAUCGGCUACCACCUUGUCUCGCCUUCCAGCAAAGGUCUCUUCAAGAGAGCCAUCAUGCAGAGCGGCAGCCCUUACUGGACGAUAGGUAAGAUGGACAGUGAGGACAGCUUCACCAAGGCGGCCAUUAAGCUCAACUGCGUCGACCGCGGCGUGGAAAAAGUGACCGACUUCGAUUCCGUCUUGGGCUGCCUGCAGAAGAAAAACGCCUCAGACAUUCUCAAAGCGCUCGAAUCGAGGAACGGCCGCGUCCGCCUGACGUAUCACCCUGACCACGGUGACGAUCUCGUUCCCGAGGAAGUGUCGAAGGCCAUAAGAAGUGGCUUCGCGAAUGACGUCGAUCUCCUUAUUGGUGCCGUUAAGGACGAAGGAAGCGUAUUCAUAGAGUACUACAUGUCGCCAGUCCUGGACUUCAUGGACGUGUCCCAGAUCCAGAAGGGAACCAUGGACGUCUAUUUCAUGUUGCUGUUUAGGUUCCUUCAUGAGAAAAACGUUCACCAAAUACGGGAAUUCUAUCUAGAAUCGGCUACCGAAGAACCCAGCAGCUUCUUAAGAAACUCUUCCAAUGCUAUGGGAGACUUCGCCUUCCUCUGCCCUCUCGUGUACUUCGCCGAAGACUACGCCAGGAGGAACAACAGCGUCUACUUUUACGAGUUCGCCCACCGACCGAGUUAUUCCUGGAACGCGCCGUGGGCGGGCGUAGCCCAUUUUGACGAGAUACCAUUCGUGUUUGGCUACACAUUGGACAACGACCUCUUCAACAUUACGCAAGAGGAAAGGGCGUUCACUCUCUUCCUCAUGUACACGUGGACGCAUUUUGCCAAAACUGGGCAAGUACCGCCAAUCAACGGCAAAACGUGGCCUCGGUUCAGCGCUUCCGACCCGAGCUACGCUGAGCUAAACCUUCCGGAAUCGGAGAUCAAGUCGCCCGUCUCCGACCUACGAUGCGAGUUUUGGCGGUCUCGGUUUUGCGGCCAGAACGAGACAACGACAGCACGCUGAGAAGAAUACCGCCGGAAUCAUUCCAUCGUUGUAUAUAUAUUUCCUCUCAUACAUUGUCAAAAAAAAUUCAUGCAACGAUC